CAGUCUCAAUGCAGUACAACACUCGUGGCACAUACGACUGACAAGCUCGUUUAAAUAAUAAAAAAACACCAGCAUGUACUCAACUAAAAGCGAGGGACCGCGCAGAGGAAGAUCUUUUGACUCCAUGAACCUUGGUCUGACUUUGGAAGAGAAGCAACUUAACAAUGAGAUGAACAAAUCUGCUUUUCCAAAGAUCGAAGAGAAUAAAGACAACAAAACGGCUUCUACUGAGAGGGGUCGGGCUGCUGUUGUGUUCUCUCUGAAAAAUGAAGUCGGUGGGCUCGUCAAGGCACUAAAACUUUUCCAGGAAAACCACGUCAACCUUGUGCACAUUGAGUCCAGAAAAUCCAAAAGGCGCAACUCUGAGUUUGAGAUCUUCGUAGACUGCGAUAGUAACCGCGAGCAGCUGCACGAGAUCAUUCAGUUGCUGAGGAAACACGUGAACGUGCUCGAGAUGGACGCUCAUGACAACCGCCUGCCAGAAGAAAGCGAGAUGGAGAAUGUGCCGUGGUUCCCGAAGAAGAUUUCAGAUCUGGAUAAAUGUGCGAAUCGAGUGCUGAUGUACGGAUCAGACCUGGACGCGGAUCACCCGGGAUUCAAGGACAAUGUAUAUCGCAAAAGGAGAAAGUACUUUGCAGACUUGGCGAUGAGCUACAAAUAUGGAGAUCCCAUUCCCCGUAUUGAGUUCACUCAGGAGGAGGUGAAAACAUGGGGAGUUGUGUUCAGGGAGCUGAAUAAACUCUACCCCUCACACGCCUGCCGCGAGUACCUGAAGAACCUGCCCUUGCUCAUCACACACUGUGACUUCCGUGAGGACAACAUCCCACAGCUGGAGGAUGUCUCGCGCUUCCUCAAAGAGCGUACUGGCUUCACCAUCAGGCCUGUGGCUGGGUAUCUCUCCCCACGAGACUUCCUGGCAGGUCUCGCCUUCCGCGUGUUUCACUGCACUCAAUAUGUCCGACACAGCUCAGACCCCCUCUACACACCCGAGCCAGACACAUGUCACGAGCUGCUUGGACACGUUCCUCUAUUGGCCGAGCCCAGCUUUGCUCAAUUCAGUCAGGAGAUUGGUCUCGCGUCACUGGGUGCAUCGGAUGACUCCAUACAGAAACUUGCUACUUGUUAUUUCUUCACUGUGGAGUUUGGCCUCUGUAAGCAGGAAGGGAAACUAAGAGCGUAUGGGGCCGGUCUGCUGUCCUCCAUCAGCGAGCUAAAGCAUGCACUGUCAGGAAAUGCCAGGAUCUUGCCCUUUGACCCCAACGUGACAAGCAAACAGGAGUGUAUCAUCACCACGUUUCAGGAUGUCUACUUUGUUUCGGACACCUUUGAGGAAGCAAAAGUCAAAAUGAGAGAGUUUGCAAAGACCAUCAAGCGGCCAUUCUCGGUACGCUACAACCCGUACACGCAGAGCGUAGACGUUCUGAAGGACACGGCCAGCAUCAACAACGUGGUGGAGGAACUAAGACACGAGUUGGACAUCAUUGGAGAUGCACUAAGCAGGCUAAACAAACAGCUAGGAGUCUGAAAAACUACAUUUCCCAGCAAAUCAUCCAUUACUUCAUGCUCACUUGUUUUGUAUACUCUCCAAAUAAUGUAUGGCAUGAAUUUGUCAUGCUGUAUAUGUCUCUACCAAACGAAGUCAAAUCCUCAUGUGUCUAUUUAUAUUAUUAGUUUGACUCUUGUUUGAUUAAAUAUUUGGCUCAACAAAAGCUGAAGCUCAAUGCUUCCAAUUGGAUUUCUUGUGUUAUAAGUGAGAUUUCUACUUGAUAUUUAUGCAAGGCGACCACGAUGGUUAUGGUUGUGCAAAGUUGAUGUCGGCUGAUUUCAAAUUGGCACCUAAUGUGUAUUUAUGAAGAGAUAUUGUCUGAUAAAUAUUUUAGUAUUCUGAUUUACUUUAUAUUUCAUUUGUGCACAAUAUAUAGUUGUUUUUUAUCAUUGUGAGUCUAUGAAAUAUUCAGUAUUUUUAGUGUUAUUGACAGAUAAUGUUUCUUGAUAUAAAAUGGAUGUCUACGUGGAGUAGGUCCUGAGGGUUUAUGUUUAUUUAUUAAAAAUGCAUGUAAAUGUUGCAUUGGAAAUCAAAUGAAAGAAUAUUUUUUACAAAUGAACUUUAAGUUAAUUAACAAGAAUGCUUAGCGAAUGUCAAGUUUGUCAGUAUGAGUAUCAGUUCCAAGUUUAAAUAUAGAGAAAUGUAUUGCUAAAGAUUAUAUAUUCAUAUGCUUAUAACAAAAAAAUAAAUCAUUGUUUUUUACUGUUUCUUCUUUUCUUUCUAGGUUUGUUCUAAUGUACGAACAACGCGCGUUGUCGAUUCACAACUAUGUUUCAAAAGCCGAAAUCUCGAGCGAGUGUUAUACAAAUCUCAGGACAUUAUUUGUCUUAUUAGACAUAAGUAAAAUCCCUUAUUGCUGUAAAUUAAUUAUUUGAGUGCAGUUUACCUAAUAAACAAAUGGAAAGCGGGCCCAGUUGUAUCCGUAAACUUCUGUUUUUAAUCGAGCGAUUGUGAUUGGUUCAUCUUGACAAGAGCUGAGUAAAGUAACGGCCGUCACGUGACCUUAACGUUUACUGUUUGGCUCAUAGACAGUCAAAGGAGAUUUGGCCUUUACCCACAAAGAUGAUAUUUGCACAAAGUUGGGUGUUGUUAUAUGCUUUUAUUAUUAACUUUUUUAAAUGAUUUUUGUAGGCUUCAUAUGUUUUUUUUUUUUUUUGUUUUUUUUAUUAAAAAAUCAAUUCUUCAGAGGUAUGUAGGCAAUUUUCUCUUCCCAAGUUACUGUUAUUAGCAAAGCCUGUAUAUAAUAAAGUCUUUGUUAUUAUCCCGUU